GGGGUACAGGGUUUGGGAUAGGAACCAGGUAGGUUUCAAGGUUGUGGUAAGUAGAAACGUUGUUUUCAAUGAAUCCGAGUUCCCUUGUCUGGUUAAGUCAGUUCCUGAUUCUGAGUCGAGCCCUAGUAGUACACCUGUUGAGGUGGAGUCCAUACCAUAUGCUGCUAGUCCUUUGUUUGCUAAUCAUGAUUCUUCUAAUUUGCAUGAUUCUUCUGAAUUGCAUGAUUCUUCUGAGCAUGAUAAUACCACCACUUCGAGUGAGGUGGAGCAUUCUCAUGUGCAUUCAAAUGACAAUGAAUCGCAUGAUGAGAGUGCUGAUUCUAGUGAUAUUGAUUUGCAUGAUUACCAACUUGUUAGAGAUAGAAGUAGGAGAGAAAUUAGGAGAACUGCUGAUACCAUGCCUGAUUUUGCUUUCCAUGCGUGUGAUACUUCUAUGUUUGCUUUCUCUGUGUUUGAGACCCUUGAGCUUAACGAACCUAAAACCUAUAGGGAGGUCCUUAAGUCUAAUGAGUCCGCUAAAUGGCUUUGCGCCAUGGAGAGUGAGAUGGAGUCACUUAGAGCGAAUAAGACUUAGACGUUAGUUCCUAGACCGCCCAAUAGUUCCGUUGUUGAGUGUAAGUGGCUAUUUAAGGUUAAGGAAGAGCCUAACGACAUUAGAUAUAAGGCUAGGUUAGUAGCUAAGGGUUUUACUCAAAAGGAAGGUGUUGAUUAUGCUGAAAUCUUUG